AUGUUUCUCGCAGCAGUUGCACUUGGAGUUGGAAUAGUUGCUACUGAAAAGCAUCAUAAAAAGAAGAAAUUGAAAAAACUUGCACAGCAACAACAAGAAGAAAAUGCACAAAGAGCUCAUCGUUUCAACACGGGGCAGAAUUAUAUACUGCCUGGUGGAAUGGAAGAUAGAAAUGUUUCAUAUAAUCGAAGUAGAAAUGGAAAUACGCUGAAAAAGGGAAAGCCGGUGGCACCAACAGUACCAGCAAGAAAACCAGCAAGAAAACCAGUAAAAACACCAAUGCUGACACCAGUGCUGGCAUCAUCACAAGCGCAAGCGCCAACGGUGAGUAAUGCCAAUAUACCAAGAAGUGCUUUACGUCGUCCACCAGUGAAUCGACCCGAUGUUGAUAAAUACGACCCGCCCCCGGCGUACACUCCUUGA